CAACACAGACCAUCGAACAAGUAUGUGCUGGUGAAGCCUGUGUCGUCCCGUACACUCCUAUAUGAAGCUGUAAGACCGCUUCGUCUGAGGCUCCGCUCUGCUGCUGCUGCGUGAAACGGACGGAACCAGCUCAGACGUCCAGAACCCGUCGGUCCUGCAGCCAUGUACCUGUACCUCCUCGGCCUGGUGGUGUUCUACUACCUGUACCGCUGGGUCAGGGAGCUCCCCAGGGUCCCCGACAAACACAGCAAGUACGUGUACAUCACGGGCUGCGACACCGGCUUCGGCAACCUCCUGGCCCGGCACCUGGACAAGCAGGGCUUCAGAGUGAUCGCCGGCUGCUUCACGGAGAAGGGCGAGGAGGACCUGAGGAAGUCCUGCUCCGGCAGCCUGACCGCAGUCCACCUGGACGUGACGUCUAAAGACAGCGUGGCCAAAGUGGCCGGGGUGAUCAAGGACAAAGUGGGGGAACGGGGACUGUGGGCCGUGGUGAACAACGCUGGCGUGUGCGUUCCCUCCGCGGCGUGCGACUGGCUGACCAUCGACGACUACAAGUCCAUGCUGGACGUGAACCUGAUGGGCGUGAUCGCCGUGACCCUGAGCGUCCUGCCGCUCAUCAAGAAGGCCAGGGGGAGGGUGGUGAACGUGGCCAGCGUGUUUGGGAGGAUCAGUGUUAUCGGAGGCCCAUAUCCUGUGUCAAAGUUUGGUGUGGAGGCCUUCAAUGACAGCCUGAGGCUGGGCAUGAAGCCCUUUGGUGUCAAAGUCCUCUGCAUUGAGCCAGGCGGCUUCAAAACCAGAAUGAUGGAUGCUGCUUUCCUGGGUGAAAAUCUCAAAAAGCUGUGGGACCGACUUCCCCAGGACGUCAAACAGGACUACGGGGUAGAUUUUUUGCCAAAGGCGUUACACAGGCUAAAUGUUGAAAUGCCCAGUGCGAGUGACGGGGAUCUGAUGAAGGUGGUGGGCUGCAUGGAGCACGCCGUGGCUGCGGUCCGGCCCCGCACCCGCUACUCCCCGGGCUGGGACGCCAAGCUGUUCUGCCUGCCCAUGUCCUACAUGCCCAGCUGCAUUACUGAUUACAUCGUGCUGAGGAACUCCAUUCCGAUCGCCAAGCAAGUGCAGUAACCUGUGCUGGGUUUCCUUUUGUUGUAUUUGCAUUACACCUGACAAAGAUGUGUUUUUAAAAAAACAACUGUGCACACCUUGCUUUUUUCUCUCCGACACGUGUGUGAAAGGUUAAGGAUGAAUGGCAACAAAGCUUUGAUUUAUAAGGCUCAGUAAUAAAGUUGAUACGCUGCAUUCAAUUCAAAAUUUCAUUUCAGUUUAACUUUUUUUACUGGGUUCCAUCCCAGUUAACUUGAAGUUCAGACAAUAAAUCCAUUGACUUUACACAGCA